UCCUUUUUUAACUUGAGUUUAGUAACAUCGAAACUGCCGACGAUUACGUGUCUGUCUUCUCCGCCCAAUUUCCACCUUCUUCUUCGUUAUUAUAUCUCCAAUUUCCCAUUCAUUCCAAUCCAAUCCACCCUUUCUCUCUCUCUCUCUCUCUCUCUCUACAUUCCCUCAUGGCCCCUGUUAACAACAAUGAUGAACACCCACCAAAAUUCAAGGUCACCAUCGUCGGAAGUGGCAAUUGGGGCAGUGUUGCUUCCAAACUCAUUGCCUCCAACACCUUAAAGCUCUCAUCUUUUCAUGAUGAAGUCAAGAUGUGGGUGUUUGAAGAAAUGUUGCCUGGUGGUGAAAAACUCACAGAUGCCAUCAAUCGAACCAAUGAAAAUGUGAAAUAUUUACCGGGGAUUAAGCUUGGGCAUAAUGUUGUUGCUGACCCAGAUCUUGAAAAUGCCGUUCGGGAUGCAAACAUGUUGGUGUUUGUAACCCCACAUCAAUUUAUGGAAGGUAUUUGCAAGAGGUUAGUUGGAAAGAUUCGGAGCGAUGCUCAAGCAAUAUCUUUGAUCAAAGGAAUGGAGGUCAAGAAAGAAGGUCCUUGUAUGAUCUCCACCCUAAUUUCGCAACAAUUAGGUGUUAAUUGUUGUGUUCUUAUGGGUGCUAACAUCGCUAACGAGAUUGCAGUUGAGAAAUUUAGCGAAGCGACGGUAGGAUAUAGAGGUAACCGAGAUAUUGCAGAGAAGUGGGUGCAGUUAUUCAGCACUCCUUACUUCGCGGUCUCAGCUUGUCAAGAUGUGGAGGGAGUUGAAUUAUGCGGGACUUUGAAAAAUGUGGUUGCCAUAGCAGCAGGGUUUGUGGAUGGAUUAGACAUGGGAAAUAAUACAAAGGCUGCAAUAAUGAGAAUUGGAUUGAGAGAGAUGAAAGGCUUAUCAAAGCUCUUAUUCUCUUCGGUUAAAGAUAGUACAUUUUUCGAAAGCUGUGGCGUUGCUGAUCUUAUAACAACUUGCCUGGGAGGACGAAACAGGAGAUGUGCAGAGGCUUUUGCUAAGAACGGUGGCAAAAGGUCUUUUGAUGAUCUUGAAGCUGAGAUGUUGCAGGGACAAAAGUUACAGGGCGUUUCAACAGCCAAAGAGGUAUACGAGGUUCUGAAACACAAAGGUUGGUUAGAGAUGUUUCCGUUGUUCACAACGGUUCAUGAGAUUUGCACUGGUCGUCUUCCACCAACUGCUAUAGUUGAGUACAGCGAGCACGCCCCUAAGUAUCCUAUGACGGGUGGGCCGACUUCAUUUCCAUGACUUACAUGACUAUCAUCCACAGACUCUAAUUUGGAAAUGUAACCUUGAAGUUGUUUUGAAUAGUUGCUGUUUUUGGGUUUUUUUUAAAGCAUUUGGUUAAUCAAAAGGUAGAUAAAUGUUUCUACACAGGAAUAUAUUGUCAAAAUGCACCUGUAUCUGGAAAGCUUUUUUGCUCUUUCCCCUGUUUCAACAUUAAUCAAUCAUACAUGAGAAACCCAUCUUAAACUU